AUGGCAUCAAACUUGACUCCAUCCUCUGGUCAAGAUUCAACUACCCAUUCUCAAUCAAGUAGAAGUAAGACCGAUCCUGCAUGGGAGCAUGUUUCUGAAGAAAGAUAUGGAAAUGGAAGGAGAGCUCUUAUUUGUUUGUAUUGUAAAAAGAUUACAAAAGGUGGAGGUAUUCAUAGAAUGAAACUACAUCUUGCUGGAGUGAAAGGAGAUAUUGGUCCAUGUAAAUUGGUUCCACCUGAUGUCAGAUUUCGCAUGGAAAAUUCUUUGCAAGAGUUUGUGAAUGCUAAGAAAGCAACCAAAGAAGCAGAUGAAUAUAGAAAUCCUUAUGGUCCUAAUGUGUCACAAUUUGAAGGGGAUAUGGCAGAAGGUGAAGAAGAGGUUCAAGAAAUGCAAAGUCCUAUGGCAGCUAGUAGUGGAAAAAGGAAAAAAUCAACAGUGGAUAAGUAUUUUGCACCAAGAAAUACACAAGGAGCUCAACCUUCCAUGAGGAGUGUGCUAGCUGGGAAAGAAGCUACUUGGAGAGCGGAUAUGGCGGUUGGGAGAUUCUUUUAUGAUGCAUGCAUUCCUAUUAAUGCUGUGAAUUCCUUCUACUUCAAGCCAAUGUUGGAUGCUAUAUCUGCAAUUGGUCCUGGAUAUAAGGGUCCAAAUUACUAUCAGUUGCGGAUUAAUCUUUUAAAGGAUGCUAAGAAGGAAGUUCAGUUACUUGUGGACUCUUAUCGUGCAAUUUGGGCAAAAGUUGGGUGUACAAUAAUGGGUGAUGGUUGGACAGAUAACAGACAAAGAACACUCAUCAACUUCCUUGUAUAUUGUCCUGAAGGAAUAUCGUUUGUGAAAUCUGUUGAUGCUUCGGACAUUGUCAAGGAUGCAACUAAUUUGUUUCAGUUAUUUGAUGAGGUGACUGAAUGGGUGGGUCCACUCAAUGUAGUUCAUGUAGUGACUGAUAAUGCAGCAAAUUAUGUGGCCGCGGGGAGAUUGAUUUCUCAGAAGCAUAAACACAUUAAUUGGUCACCUUGUGCAGCUCAUUGUCUUAAUUUGAUCUUUAAGGAUAUUGGUAAGAUGGACCAUGUUGCUGAACUUGUAAGACGUGCAUCAAAGGUGACAAUUUUUGUGUAUAAUCAUGUUGCUUUGUUAAGUUGGUUGAGAAAAAGGGAAGGAUGGACAGAGAUUCUGUGA